CGCUGGAUCGCCUUCGCCGCUGGCUCUCGCCCUCCGCUGCUUAUAUCACCCGCCUUGGUUGCCUCCCUCCAGCGCCCCGGCAUCCCAUCCGCCUGCUCUUCGUCUCCUUCCCUGCUCUCCUUCUGCUGCUCCCGUCGGCUGUCGCAUCAUGAAGGUCCCCCUUGGCGUCGUCAAGUGGAGCCAGGUCCUCAUCCUGUUCCUGCUCAACGUCUCCUGCAACCUCAUCUGGCUGGCCUAUGCUCCCGUCGCCGAUGCCUCCGCCGCCUACUUCAACGGCUCGCUCUCCGUCGUCAACUGGCUCAACAACGUCUACGUGCUCAUGUUCCUCCCCGGCUCCGUGGUUUCGGCCCUGGUCCUGGACCGCUCGGGUGUCCGCCGCGCCAUUCAGCUCGGCAGCAUCCUGCAGUGCGUCGGCGUGGCCUUCUGCUUCGGAGCCGCCUUCGUCCAGAACUCGACCGCUCGCAUCGGUCUCACCGUCGUGGGCCAGGCCAUCACCGGGUUCGCCCAGCCCUUCUUCCUCGAUGCCUGUCCGAAGCAAGCCUACGACUGGUUCCCUGUUGACCAGCGGGCAGUCCCCACCGCCUGCUCCACCAUUGGCAGUCCAGUCGGCAGUGCCGUGGCCUUCCUCAUCGUCCCGGCCGUGGUUCAGUCACAGGGCGAUAUCCAGACGCUGCUCCUCUACUACACCUGCCUUCUCGCCGGCCUGAUGAUCAUCACCUUGGUCGUCGCCCGAGAGCCUCCCCCUCAAGCAGAGUCGGCUCUGAAGGAAGAAGUCCGCAUCGAGACAUCGCUCAGAAAGUCGUACAGCAAGUGUCUGGGCACCAAGCUCUUUUGGCUGCUCAGCGUCACCGCUGCCGGCGGUAUCUCUCUCUUCAGCGACUUUACCUCGUACCUCAACCAGAUCAUGAGCCCUUACGGAUACACUUCGGACGACACCGGCACGAUGGGCGCUGUCCUGGUCUUCAGCGGCGUCAUAGCCACCUUUGUUUUUGGCUACCUCGCCGAUCGCACCCGCCGACAUGCCGUGAUCCUCAAGGUCAACGUCCUGAUGGUCUUUGUGGGCUACGUGUUCUUUUCGAUCAUUUUCAACAAGCCCGGCAACUUUGUUCUGGCCGUCGUUGCCUGUGCCAUCAUCGGUAUCUUCUCGGUGGGCAGCUUACCAGUCUUCCUCGACAUCAUCGUUGCCGUCACCCGCCAACACGGCAUCGGCGAAGGUGUCUCCAUGUCGCUGUUGUGGGGCUCCUCCCAGGUUUUGAUCGUGAUCAUGAACGUCAUCUGGGAUCGCACGCGCAACCCAGAUCAAUCCUAUCCUGCCGUGCCCUGGAUCGUCCUUGGAACCUGGGCUGCCUGCCUGAUCCCGCUUCAGUUCUAUCCCCUGAGCCAAGACAUGAUCCAUCUUGAUGCUCGUCUGAAGGAGCUGUCCGGCGACCACGAGGGCGCCAAACACUGAGCCAGCCCACUCCGUCCUCGAGGAGGCAAGCACACCUUCGCAGCCUUGCUGCUGUUGACUCGAGACCGAUCACCCCUCCGAUCUCCUUCACCCACUCUCGCCCUCCAGAGCAAAAGCAAACCCGAGUCCUUUGCGAUAUCAAGCAGCCCAAUGGCCUCGGGUGUCCUGCUCCCUUUCUGUGUUCCAUAUUCAUUAUCGUCAUCCUUGUACUGCGUUGAAAAAAAAAGUCUUUCGAUGGAUACAUCACUUCCUUUUGGCAAGACUGGAGGUCCCAGAGAGCAGGAAUGGCGGCGCCAUCUGAGUGGACCAUGGAGAUGAUGAGUCUGUGGGCACUGCAGGCUCUGUGGCCAUGAUCCCAUCCGAUGCCGGCUGCGAUAUCUGCAGCCCUUCCGCAGGCAGCCAGCUAUUGCGUAUGAUGUGGGAAGCAAUGGCUCGCUAACCGCUUCGUCACUGGGCCCAUUACAGGCAAUCCAAUAAAAAACGGG